AUGCCGGCUUACCACUCUUCUCUCAUGGACCCCGACACCAAGCUCAUUGGCAACAUGGCGCUGCUGCCCAUCAGAAGUCAGUUCAAAGGACCUGCCCCGAGAGGGACAAAAGACACAGAUAUUGUGGAUGAAGCCCUCUGUUACUUCAAGGCCAAUGUCUUCUUCAAAAACUAUGAAAUUAAGAAUGAAGCUGAUAGAACCUUGAUAUAUAUCACUCUCUACAUUUCUGAGUGUCUAAAGAAACUCCAAAAGUGCAAUUCCAAAAGCCAAGGUGAGAAAGAAAUGUACACACUGGGAAUCACUAAUUUUCCCAUUCCCGGAGAGCCUGUUUUCCGCUUAACGCCAUCUAUGCCAAACCUGCAAACAAACAGGAAGACGAAGUGA